AUGGCUCUUCAGACAUGUUCUGACCGACAGCAGCUUAGCAUGUUCUAUAAAUGUCGCAAUAAGAGCCUUUUGGCUCUCCAACUGUCGGCCGGGUUAGUGAUUUCCAUCUCGGCCGGGUUCGGUAGUGAUCUUGGCGAGACUCGAAGCCGGAGACUGCGAGGUUUUGGUAAGGCCCUCAUGGGUACCGCCUACUGCUUCGGCCACUUGCGUAAGGUUGCCUAUUUCUGGCUUUGA